AUGUUGGUUCUGUUUGAAACUUCUGUUGGCUACGCCAUCUUUAAGGUUUUAAAUGAGAAGAAACUUCAAGAGGUUGAUAGUUUAUGGAAAGAAUUUGAAACACCAGAGAAAGCAAAUAAAAUAGUAAAGCUAAAACAUUUUGAGAAAUUUCAAGAUACAGCAGAAGCAUUAGCAGCUUUCACAGCUCUGGUGGAAGGCAAAAUCAAUAAGCAGCUGAAAAAAGUACUGAAGAAAAUAGUAAAAGAAGCCCAUGAACCCUUGGCUGUAGCUGAUGCUAAAUUGGGAGGAGUCAUUAAGGAAAAGCUGAAUCUCAGUUGCAUCCAUAGUCCUGUUGUUAAUGAACUUAUGAGAGGAAUCCGUUCACAGAUAGAUGGAUUAAUCCCUGGGGUAGAACCACGUGAAAUGGCUGCUAUGUGCCUUGGACUCGCCCACAGCCUUUCUCGAUACCGAUUGAAAUUUAGUGCUGAUAAAGUGGAUACAAUGAUUGUUCAGGCAAUUUCCUUACUAGAUGACUUGGAUAAAGAAUUGAACAAUUACAUUAUGCGCUGUCGAGAAUGGUAUGACUGGCAUUUUCCUGAAUUAGGAAAAAUUAUUUCAGAUAAUUUGACAUACUGCAGGUGUUUGCAGAAAGUUGGUGAUAGAAAGAACUAUGCUUCAACCUCACUCUCUGAGUUACUGCCAGAAGAUGUUGAAGCUGAAGUGAAAGCAGCUGCAGAAAUAUCUAUGGGAACAGAGGUUUCCGAAGAAGAUAUUUGCAACAUUAUGCAUCUCUGCACCCAGGUGAUUGAAAUCUCAGAGUAUAGAACCCAACUCUAUGAAUAUCUACAAAAUCGAAUGAUGGCCAUUGCACCAAAUGUUACAGUCAUGGUUGGGGAAUUAGUUGGAGCACGUCUUAUUGCCCAUGCAGGUUCUCUUUUGAAUUUGGCCAAGCAUGCAGCUUCUACAGUUCAAAUUCUUGGAGCAGAAAAGGCACUCUUCAGGGCCCUCAAGUCUAGACGGGAUACCCCUAAAUACGGCCUCAUUUAUCAUGCUUCACUUGUGGGUCAGACAAGUACUAAACACAAAGGAAAGAUUUCUCGAAUGCUGGCAUCCAAAACGGUUUUGGCUAUCCGAUAUGACGCUUUGGGUGAGGAUUCCAGUUCUGCAAUGGGACUUGAGAACAGAGCCAAACUAGAGGCCAGAUUAAGAGCCUUGGAAGAUAGAGGGAUAAGAAGAAUAAGUGGAACAGGAAAAGCAUUAGCAAAGGCAGAAAAAUAUGAACAUAAAAGUGAAAUAAAGACUUACGAUCCUUCUGGUGACUCUACCCUGCCAACCUUUUCUAAAAAACGCAAGAUAGAUCAAGUAGAUAAAGAUGAUGAAAUUACAGAAAAGAAAGCUAAAAAGGCCAAGAUUAAAAUCAAAGUUGAAGAGGAGGCGGAGGAGGAGAAUGAGGAAGAACAACAAAAAGAAGAAGUAGUAGUGAUGGAAGAAGAGGAAACCUCUGUGAAGAAGAAAAAGAAAAAGGAUAAAAAACGCAUUAAGGAAGAGCCAGUGUCUGAGGAAGAGCCAUGCAGCAGCACAGUAAUUUCUAGUCCAGAGAAAAAGAAGAAAAAGAAAAAAAAGAAAGAGAAUGAGGACUGA